AUGAAUUAGACUUAUUUGAGUUCUAAUAAUGAUAUAACUUAGAUUGAUUAUGAUGAAUAGGAAUAAGAUAAAAUCUAAAACCCUAAUGAUUCUUAGAGAGUAAAUAUAUCACUUUCUGAAAAAAAUCAAGAGAGAAUAGAAAAUCCAAGUUUCUUUUUUAGAAAUAAAUAAAUAGAAUUAGAAAAAUAAUCAAUAAAAUCUCAGAUUGAUCAAAUGAUUUAUCAUUUAAAUUAGAUGAAAACAAUGUGUGAAAGAAAAAUUGACAAAUGUAUUCAACCAUAAAAAUCAUUAUAUCAAAAUAUGGUGUAUAUAUUUAAUUUUAAUUUAGUUAUAUAAAAAAGUUUACUUUUGUUAGUAUACAAAAUUUGAUAAAUCAAUUAAAUUCUUUUAAAAAUGAAACAUUUCCAAAUAAUCUAUUAGAUUGUAUAUUUUUUAUUAUUCUACAUUAGUAUAUCAAUUAUUUGAAGUUAAAAUGGAAUAGUUUUAUUAAAAUUACAAUAAUAUAUAUUUUGAUAUCAAGAUGUUUAUUGAAAGAAGCAAAUUUUAUUUAAAUGAAGAUAAUGAAAGAGACAUUAAAUUAAUAUCACAGAUUAUUAAUAAUUGAUAUAAAUAUUCAUAUUAUCAUAAUGGAUAAAUCAUUUGCAAAUAGUUCUCCAUUAAAUACUAGUAAGAGUAAAUAGAUGUAUACAUUCUCUAAAGCAAAACGUUGGAUUGAUAUAAAAGAUAAUCUGUAAUACAAUCAAUCUAUAUAUACUUAUUAAGAUGUCCUCCUAUAUAUUAAUUACCAACUACUCUUAGUAAAAGAGCAGCAGGUAUUGGUUAUGGUAAAAAAAUAAAUCUUACUCAUGAAUCAAUUACUCCUGCUCCUAAUUUCUAUUCACUCCAUAAAAAUCAAGAACAUGGAUGGACUAUGGGAUUAGGAAGAGAAGUAAAUUAAUACUAUUUAUAUUUUUUAUAGGAUGCAAAUAAAUAUGAGAGUAUAUUCUUAGGAUUAGUAUAAAAUACUCCAGGACCUGGAACUUACAAAUUCAAAGAUUCUAUUUCUCCUGUUCGUUAUACUAUGAGAUAGAGAUUAACAAGUCGAAAAGAUCAAGAUCCAAAACCUGGACCGUAUGGGUAAUCAUUUAUUUUAGAGGUCAUUACAAUUUACCAAGCAGUAUUAAUAGCAAAGGGAUAUAUCCUCUUAGUCAAUAUAGAAAGUAUUAUGUUAAUUAUUUAUUAUUUAAAGUUCCGGAGCUAUUGUAUUGGUACCUCCAAGAACUCAUUCAGAGAGAAAAGUGAAGGAUAAUACACCUGGUCCUGGUUCUUAUAAAUAGAUUGGUAACAUUAAUCCUUUAGGAACAUACUUUUGCUCAAAGUUUGGUGCAAGUAAAUGCAACAAAUUUCCAAGAGCAUAACGUUCUAUGUCUGAUCAUCAUAAUAGUUCUCCAGGACCUGGAACAUAUAAAUUACCUUCUGAUUUUGGGUUUUGA